CAGACGUAUGAAGGCAACUAUGAGUGGCAGAUCCACAGCCUCGCGUGGGCUCAGAAUGAGUGGAAGAAUAGCACGCCAUGGAAUACUCCCACGUCGAAGACUCUACAGCCAGGAGAAAUCUACUCCGUCGGCCUCAAGUUCUCGUUGGCGGAGACCAUUCAAACCAUUGAAGAUACUGUGGUGCGCACUGGCACGCCGCUCGCUGUUGGUAUCCCAGGAUACAUCGUGCCAUCAGACCUUACCGCCCACUUACACGUAAACCACUCAUCUCCCGUCAAAUCUAUCGACACAAACGCUUUCACCAUCGCUGAGCUAUCCCCAGCCGCAUCCAGCGUCCACUCCUACGCCCUAACCCCCACCGGCUCAGCAUGGGGCCGAACCCGCCUCACAAUAACCUACACCGACGGCAAGCAGCAAGCCCUCCACUACUUCAUCACCAAGUCCACCCCCACCACCCUCGCCAACCUCGGCCACUUCUUCACCACCGCCGCGCACUACACCAACGCCACCGACCCCUUCGCCCGCGCGCCCUCAAUAAUGACCUACGACAACGAACUCCACAAGAUCGUCGAACAAGACAGCCGCGUCUGGAUCGCCGGCCUCAGCGACGAGGGCGGCACAGGCGCCUAUCUCACGACCGCAAUGAAGCAAUUCACCCAGCCCCACGCACGCGAGCUCGCCGUAAUGGACGCCUUCAUCCACGACACAGUCGUCGGGACGCUGCAGCAGAACGGCACGUUCGGCGUCGUAGCGAGCGCCUUCUUCUACCAGCCGAAUGCGACGGAUUAUGCGUAUAGCUCUACGAUUGAUUGGGGCAGUUGGACGUCUUGGAACAAGGCGAGAGCGUAUACAACGCGUCGUGCGUAUAACUACGUGCAUCCGACGGCGACGUAUUGGGCUAUGUAUCGCGUCGCGAGGGACUAUCCGGAUGUGACGCUGCGAGCGGAUUGGAAGUGGUAUCUGGGACGAGCGUACAACACCACGCAGUACUGUCUUGCGAAUCGCGCUGCGAAUUGCGACUACGGUCUCGUGGGCUUGAUGGGCGAAACUGUGCUUGGCGAGCUGCUGGAGGACUUGAAGAGAGAGGGCAUGAACGCAGAAGGUACGGCUUUAGAAGCUACGAUGCGUUAUCGAGCGAACUUGUGGGAUACGCAAGCUGUGCCCUUCGGCAGCGAAAUGGCGUGGGACAGUACCGGUCAGGAAGGCGUCUACUACUGGACUAAUUACUUCAACCUCCCCAAAACCGCUACAAAAGCCAUCAACAGCAUCUUCGCCUAUAUGCCCACCGUCCCUCACUGGGGCUGGAACGGCAACGCACGCCGCUACUGGGACUUUGUCUACGCGGCCAAAAUCCAGCAAAUAGAGCGGCAAAUCCAUCACUACGGGUCCGGACUAAACUCCCUUCCCAUGCUGUCGUACUACGAGCAGCAUCCCGCCGAUCUCUACGCGCUGAGAGUGGGGUACGCGGGAAACACGGCACCGCUAACGAAUAUCCAUGAAGAUGGGUUUGCCUCUGCGGCAUUUCAUAGUUUCCCAGACCUGCUGAAGUGGGAUCCGUAUUCUGGGGAUUAUGGGCAGGGGUUCCUGGGGCUGAGUCUGGGGCAGUGUGUGUACAUUCUGAGCGGGACGAAGUACGGUGACGUGGUGUUUGGUGGGAAUAUGGUGGACGCUGGGUCGAACGGGACGAUAGUAGCAGUGGAGCCGAGGGAUGCGCUGAGGAGAAGGGUGUUUGUUGCGGACUUGGGGUUGAAGAUUGAGAUCAGCGCUGGGGCGGUUGAGAGGGCGGAGUAUGAUAAGGCGGGGCAGAUUGUUACGCUGAGCGUGCUGCCGGCUGCGGCGAGCGAGGCAUUGCAGGCUAAGUCGGCAAUUGUGUGGUUGAAGCGGCCUGGAUCAAGCUCGGUUGGGUUCUCGGUUCCGGGCCUGAAUGAAGCGAGGGGUGGAUGGGCGGUUGAUCUCUCGAGCGGUAUGGCGUCUGUGAGGAUU